ACUCAGACAAACCACCACCAAAAAAUUAGCCCAAAUCCCAAGCAAAAUGUUCGCCAAAAUUAUGCUCGUUGCUCUGUGCGUGGCUGGCGCCCAGGCGGGUCUUCUGCCCUUUGCCGCUGCACCUGUUGCUCCACUGGCCGCCGCUGGCGUUGUGGCGCCCUAUGCCUCCAGCUUCAAUGCCCAUCGGAUUAAUCAUGCUGUGGCCUACCCGGUAGCACCACCAGUGGCACCCGUUGCUUUGGCUGCGCCAGUGCCAGCGCCAGUUGCUUUUGCUGCACCACCCAAGGUGGCUUUUGCUGCUCCUGCCUUGGCACCAGCUCCAGUUCCAGUGCCGGCUGCGCUGCCCGCUCCGGUCGCUGCUCCUCUGGCUGCACCGCUGCCCGCACCACUAGCAACGCCUUUCGGCUUUGCUGCGCCCGCGCCUUUGGCCUUUGCUGCGCCCACCAGAUUUGGUCUGCCAGCUGCUGCACCUUUCGCUGCCCCCGUACCGGCUCCUCUGGCCGUGGCACCCAGGUUCGCGCCCGCGCCCUACUUCUUCUAGAUGUGAUCCUGUAAAAACAACCUAGACUAAGCCCAACACACACUCACUUAGACCAAACUACACACUAGAAAGCAAAAUGCUUGGCGAAUAAAUUGUAAAUUCACUUUA